AUGGAUGGUUAUAGCAAUGUUAAUAGUAGUUAUCAAGAAGAAACAACUGAUCCAAUUCAAUUAAAUUUACAAGACCAGGCUACACUUAAUAAACAAAACUCACGUAUAGUUUCAUUAUUCAAAGCACAAGAAAUUGAAAAGAACUCUAAAAAACAUUGGGAUAUCUUUUAUAAGAAUAAUGGGAACCGUUUCUUUAAAGACAGACACUGGACAACCAGAGAAUUUUCUACAUUGCUUGGAAAUGAUGAACAUAAAAAAUAUAUAUUAGAAAUUGGUUGUGGUGUUGGCAAUCUUAUAUAUCCACUUCUUGCUGAUGGUUUGAAUGCUAUUUUUUAUGCGUGUGAUUUUUCACCAAGAGCUAUUGAAUGCUUGAAAUCUAAUCCUUCUUACAAUCCAUCAGUAAUAAAUGCGUUUACUUGUGAUAUUAUUACGGAUGAAUUGUUAUCUAAAAUACCAGAAAAUAGUUUGGAUUUAGUAACUGCUAUAUUUGUAUUGUCAGCUAUUCAUCCUGACAAUCAUCAAACUGUAAUUUCAAAUAUGUAUAAACUAUUGAAAUAUGGAGGACACUUAUUGUUUCGAGAUUAUGGAAUUUAUGACAUGACACAACUAAGAUUCAAGCCAGGGCACAAGAUUGCAGAGAACUUUUAUAUGCGCCAAGAUGGUACAAGGUGAUUAUUUGUUUUUGUUUUUUUAUACAUGGUAAAGAAUAAUCAUACAUUUUUUUUUUAUAUAUAAUCUGUUACAGAUCAUAUUUCUUUUCAAUUGAGUAUUUUCGAAGUCUUAUGGAAAGUAAUGGGUUUGUAGAAUGUUCCAAUAAGUAUGUGUGUAAAAGAACAGUAAACAUUAAAGAACAAGUUGAUGUAUCAAGAAGAUUUAUUCAAGCAACAUUUUCUAAAAAAUCAACAGACUAA